ACUUGAACGCACGGUAGGAACAGCGGCUUGGAAUGCGGCCGACGCGAUCGGCUCUGCAGUCUGUUCUGCGCGUCCGUGGCGAUGGUUUCGGGGGCGGCGUUAGGCCGUCACGCGAGUGCGUGCUGAGACUGCGUCUGUGCGCAAGCUGUCAAAGUUUCGUGGGCGCGACCUACCUGCCACGAACAAGCCGCUACCGUCGACUUUACUCGCCAGUGAAAGGAUUGCACCGAAACAGGCCAUGACGGACUACGAGCGCAUCAAGCGGUCUUGCCUGAAGCGCGGCGAACUGUGGGAGGACCCGGACUUCCCGGCGACGCAGUCCUCCGUCUUCUACCACCAGACGCCGCCCUUCCAGUUCGUGUGGAAGAGGCCCAAGGAGCUGUCUCCCAGGCCCGUUUUCGUGCACGACGCACCUGCGCAGUUCGAUAUCGUUCCCGGCAAAAUGGGGGACCGGUGGCUCGUGUCGUGCCUGGGCGUGCUGUACCUGAGCAAGGGCCUGUUCUACCGCGUGGUGCCGGCCGACCAGACGUUCGAGCAGUACGCGGGCGUGUUCCGCUUCCGGCUGUGGUGGUGCGGCGAGUGGCUGGAGGUGCUCGUCGACGACCGCCUCCCCACCGUGCACGGCCGCCUCGCCUUCCUGCAGGCGCAGCACUCCGACCAGUUCUGGCCCGGCCUGCUCGAGAAGGCCUACGCCAAACUGCACGGGUCGUACGAGGCGCUCAAGUACGGCACUCUGCUGGACGGGCUGGCCGACCUGACGGGCGGCAUCACCGAGAGCGUCGGCCUGCGCCAGGACGCCACCACGUGCGGCCGCGUGCUCGCCAAGCUGCUCGACAUGACCUCGCUCGUCACCUGCACCGUCCAGCCCGCCACCACGCAGGUCCGGAAUCAAGUUGAAAAGCUUGCAAAUGGGAUACACAUUGGGACCAAUUACCGCUUAUAUGCCAUCGAAAGGGUUGAAACAUUUAAUGGGGAACCAGUGCAACUAGUCCGCCUGCGUAAUCCCCUGGGUCCUGGUGGGGAGUAUGUGGGUGCAUGGGCCAGGGAUUCACCAGAGUGGGAUGAGGUACCACCCAGUGAGAAAGAGCGUCUCAAUGUGCGGCACAUGGGAGAAGGUGAAUUCUGGAUAUCCUAUUCAGAUUUUGUGAAGACAUUUACACACCUGGAGGUUGUCCAUUUGGACAGUGAUACAAGUCGAGAUGAGCCAUCACUUCAUCAUAAAAACACAUGGCAAAUGCGACUUUAUCAGGGCUCUUGGAGGAGAGGAGUAACUGCUGGUGGUUGCCGAAAUAACCCUGACACUUUCCACAUAAAUCCUCAGUUACAUCUCAUAUUGAGUGAGAUGGAAGAAGUUAUAAUUUCUUUGAAUCAACACAGUAUAAUGGAACCAAAGGUCAUAGGAUUUACAGCAUAUUCGUUACCAAAAAACAGCACUGAAACUAUUGGGAAGACAUUUUUUAAGAAAAAUAAAUCCCUUGUGAACUCCCAGUAUACAAACAGCAGACAGGUCAGCCACAGAUGUCAGCUUGAGCAGGGUGGUUACCUUGUAUUACCAACUACUUUUGAACCAAGUCAAGAGUCAAGCUUCACACUAAGGGUUUAUUCCAGCAAACCACUGAAAUUAAAGUUGUUGGACAUUCACCCAUCAUUAGUUAAGUCAGCAAUUAUCAAGGCACCACCCUUACUGGAUGGAAAAAGUUUCAGCCAAUAUGAAGCUGUCUUUCUUCAGUUGGCUGAUGAGCAUCGGACUGUUAAUGCAUUUGAAUUACAAGAGCUGUUAGAUGCUUGCUUACCAAAUGAUUACAUCAAGAGCUGUGCUUGUAUGGAAGUAUGCAGACAAGUAGUUCUUACACUAGAUACAUCGGGUAGUGGAAGAUUGAAAUUCAAUGAUUUUAAAGAUCUCAUGUGCAGCUUAAAAUACUGGCAGAUAGCCUUUAAGAACCACACAAAGGAAAAAACUGGAAUAUUAAAGGCAGAAAGGCUAAGGGAUGCCCUUUUGGAAGUUGGUUUCCAACUUAACACAGAUGUUCUUUCAAUUUUAAUUCUUCGCUACAUGAGAAAGGAUGGAACUUUGCGAUUCGGUGAUUUUGUGUCAGCUAUUCUUCAUCUCACUGUGGCAUUUAAUGUUUUUGAAUCAAAGGAUCCUUUGCAGAAUGGAAGUAUUAAACUAAGCCUUGCAGAGUGGCUGAAGACGUCUUUAAUGUGCUAACACACAGAAAGCUGCACUAUCAUCUUGCUCAAUGAAAUUGACCAUGACGUGUGAAUUCUUUAGUCUUGUUCUUAGCUAGACUGAGCUUAGAGCUCAUUGUUAUAGUUAGGUCAGCUGAAACUGAUUGUGAUUAUUUCGAAAGUUCAGAUAUCUAUAUGUGUACAUAUUUUUUUACAACAUUGAAUGUAUAUUUUUUAAUAAUUGUACAUAUACAGUCAUAAACAUGUGUAUGUGUGUGCAUAUAUACAUAUAUAUUUUUCCUCAAUUUCUCAGUUUUUGUUGCAAUUCUUGAUUAGCAAGAGUACUUCUCUUAUACUUGAAUUUAUUUUUGUCUUUUGACCAUUAGUAGAACUUCUUCAUAGAGAUAUGACUUUAAAAUAAAGAUCAGGUAUGGUACGUCAAACUGUAUAUUCCAUGCUUCUUUCAUAGUUGUGAGGACUAGAACAUACACUUCUGCAGGCAGUACUAAAUUUUUAGAACGCGUAACAGUGUCCCGUGCAAUAACAUGCACACUAUCUCUUUUUCACACCCAGCUGCUGCCCCAGUAUCUGAUGUCUUUUUGUAUAUCAUUACAUUUUUGCUACAAAUACUGUAAAUUGCAAUAAUAAAUCAUGUGCAUAUUAUAUUCUAAGUUUUCCCCGCCCUUACAGCUGUGUACUCAUUGUUAUCAUAUACAUAGGUUUUUUAGCUAAUUAUUUAUGCCUUUGCCAGUCUGUGAGCAUCAUAUAGGCCUAUUUCAUAUUUCAUUUUCAUUGUAUGUAUCUAUUCAUCUCCUUAAAUAUUAUAACUGAUUUCUUGAAUGCUAUAAUCUUUAGCAUGAUUUAUAGAUACUUCAUUUGUUUCUAUCUUUCUUAAAAAAUUAAUUUGUUUCUAAAAGGUGCAGACCUUGUGACAUUGACUGACAUUUUGCCUCAUUUAGUAAUUGAUAUUGUGUUCUGUUUAGCAAUAUCAUUUUGCUUAUUUAUGUUAAUAUCACUUGGGAUAUGCUACUGAAAAAAUUUCCAAAAUAUACCUUCAUGUAAAAAAUAAGCACACAAUUAUAAAAUAAAAUCAUGCUGAGAAUGUUUGAUUUCUGUACUAAGAAGCAUUAUGGUGACUCUUUAGAAUGAAAUUACUAUUAGUAUCUAUAGAACAGCAGUAUUUUGUACUUUUAAAUUCUCCAUUGUGCACUAGAUCAGGGAAAAAGAGAAUACCUUGAGCUUUUGACAAAGCAUUUCUUUUUCUCUGAACCACAGAUAUAAAGUACCUCAUUAGUCAAGCAUAAUUUACCAUUUGUAUCAUUAACAUUCCAGUGUCAAUAUAAACUGUAAAGUGAUGUUAAAAAGUGCAGUAUGUUUUCAUGGAUAGCCACCUUAAAAUCUAACUUUUUCAGUCCUUGGUACCACAAUUUAUAAAUGUACAAAACUCAGUAUGAGAUACGAUGUACAAAUUUUAUGUGAUUUAUAUUUUUUAAUGGAACUUGUGAUUUUCACCAAUAACUGUAAGUGUUGAGUAUGUAAAAACCUAAAAUUUGUAUUAUAUUUUAUACAGAAUAUUUUUGCAAAAAUUUGUAAAUAAUGUGUUAUGCCUUUGAAAUUAAUUUGUAAAUAAAAUAAUAAAAGACAACAGUAAUUAAUGGAAUGGCUCAAA